CAAGUUGAUGCUGUGAUGUAGCAAUGUGAGUUAUGGGCAGCACAACAUAGGUCCUUCUGUGCAGUAAUGCAGCCAUAUGAACUCUAGGAAGCUCCCUAAACAGGGCUCAGGGCUUGUAAGGACUGUAGGCAUCUGUAGAGGUAACAGGAAGUGUGGGGGGCCUCCUGCAUACCUUUUCCCUGCAUGGAGAAUACUUCCUGGUUCUGAGCUGAUCCUCACUAGGAGACUGGGGGGGGGGUGGCAGAAGCAGGAUGUUUUCUUACCUUCUCUAUGCAGCCAUCCUGAGUGUUUGUGCCCCACAGGGUUUUGCCACUCCUUUGCUGUUUGUACUCCAGCACUCCUCUUUAGAUUCUCUAGUCAAAUGUCAUCAUUUAUUUGUUGUUUUCGUCAUUUUAUUUUGGUGGGGGGUGACUGUAAGUCACCUCUAGUCAGCUAUCUUGCUGACAUCCUGAUUAACUUUCUUGAUAAUUAGAUGGUCAACGACCACACAGUUGGCUGAUGAAUAAGCUGGUAGUGUUAAGGAAUGGGUGCCAAGUGCCAGGAGUAUAUCUGUCAUAAACAAGCUGUCUUGAUUAGAGAGAUUGGGGACUUGAGGAUUUGGGUCAGGUAAAGAAAUUCCCUUGACAAAACCCCACAACUAUAUGCAAAUAUAUUAUUUCUAGAGGCAGGCUUCAAGUUGAGUCUUAUAUCAUUCAUGCAACAUUUAUUUCUUUAAACAUUUAACUAUUUUAAUACCUAUUAUACAUUAUAGUACUUAUUAUGAGAUAUACAGUGAUUUAAAAAUGCAGUUCCUGUCCCCAAGAAGCUUAUAGACUGUGGUAAAGGGUGAGCAUAAAGGGAGGGCAGCAAACAGAUGAAUGGAUUUUCAAGGACUACAACAUGGGGAAGCCCAAGGUAUGUGAGACCAGCCAGGGGAGAUUUCAGCCCCAGUUAGUGGUGGUGUGAUAAUCAAAGAAAUCUUCCCCAAAUAGGUGACAUCUAAACUGAGACCUUAAGAGUUGGAUAGAUUAUGCUUCAAGGAGUAGGGAACAAAAACAUUCUAGGUAUCAGGAUCAGCAUCUGAAAAGAUGCAUAAAUAAGAAAGAAUAAGCAUUAAUACAAGCAAUGUAGGUGUUACACUUUGGCUGGAACAUACAUGAUCAACUGGAGAAUGAGGAAAGGUAGAAGAAAACAGAGGUCUAGGGGUGUUGAGUUAAACUGUAGGAAUGAUCAUUCAUUUGAUAUGGAACUUACUGAGGAUAAUCAUAAGACUUUGCAAGAAGCCCCAUGGGCCAGGUCUCAAAUUCCUAGGUGAAUGAUGAGGAAGGACCAAGAGACUGGUGAAUGAUGCUGGUGAUAAUAAUGAUAGCUAAAAUUUGCAUGAGCUUAUGGGGUCUUUUUCUAAGUACUUUCCAUAUACUAAGUUAAUUAAGCCUCACAACAAAUCUGUAAGUUAGAUACUGUUAUUAACUUUAUUUUUAUAGUUAACUGCAUGAAACAGUUUAAACCAUAUUUUGAGGGAGAUUGAAUGAGUUACAGCAGGGGGUUGAUGUGGUAACUGGGUUAUAAUCAUCACACCUAUAUCAAUGUGAGAAUGGUUUGAGAAGAAGCAAAGUUUCUAGGGAGACUAGAUAGCAGUGCAUUGUAUUGAACCAGGAGGAAGAAGUGGUUUAAACUGAAGUACUAGCAGUGAGUAUAAAAAAAGAAGUAAACAGGUAUUGCAGAUUGUAAGAGGGUCAGUUUAGGGAUUGAUUGAAUGUGAAGGUGGUAAGUCAUUGAGGAUGAUGCCCAGACUUCUGGUUGGCUAACUGAGUAGAUUAUAGUAUCAUUUAUUUAAGUUGGGAGGAAAAAAACAGGCGUUAGUAUAGGGGGUAAAAUGUUGAAUUAUUUUUAGAGCAUUUUGGAUUUGAGAUGCCUACAGAUUAUGCACAGAGACAUGUCAAGUAGAAAUGGGUAUAGACAGACUGAGUGUUCAAAGUCAUGUCAGAGGUGAAGAUACACAUUUGGCAGUAGUUAACAUCUAGGUAAUAACUAAAGUCAUGGGAAUGAAUGAGAUUAUUUAGGGGGCAAGUAUAAAGUGAGAUGAAAAGGGGAUUGAGGUUGAAACCCUGAAGAACACCCAGUAUGUAAGGGGUGGAUAGCAGAGGGGUCCACAAAAGAAGUAAAAAGGAACCAAUGAGGUGGGAAUAAAAGGAGUGCAUAUUCAAACUAAAGGAAACUGUGUUAUAACAAAGGGAGUUAUCAAAGUAUGAGAUGUUACAGAGAAGUCAAAAUAAAAACUGGAAAGGGAAUAUUGAGUUAUAUCAAAGAACUCUUUGCUGAUCUUAUGAAGAACAGUUUCGUCAGUGUGGUCAGGAGAGAACAUUAUAAAAUGCCAAAGAGUAAAUGAGAGGUGGGAAAUAAGAAGCAACUUGCAUGGGAACUUUUUACAAAUGUUAAGCUGAAAAGUGGAGGGAAUAGAGGGUGAUAUCUAUAGAAGGUGUUGUAGGGUUCAGGUGGGUUCUUGUAUGUUAUAUCUCUUUAAAAUAUUAGAAUGGGGGAGCUUUGAGAAUGGCGCAGUGUUCAUAGGAAGGUGCCAAUAGAGAGGGGCAGGGGGUGUAUCUGAGUGGGAAGGGUGUUUGAGGAGGUGGGAGGGGAUGAGAUCCAGAACCUCACUUGAAGGAUUCAUUUCAGUAGGACCAGUCCAUUCUCCCACUAUUGUUAGGAGCUGCAGAAAUGUUAUAGGAUAGAUUUGUAGCUCAUAGCCUGAGGAGCAAGUCUUUGGAGUUUCUUUCUGAUGACUUUUCUAUAGUUUUAGUGAAGUAGACAUCAAGGUUAGCUAAUGGGCUAUAACAGACUGAAAUUGGUAGAAGAGAGAAUUUGAAGAAAAGUAGAAGGUUUGAAACAGCCAUUGGGGACAAUUGAAGAGUGGAAGGCCCAGGGAGAAACAGACACAUUUGUCAAGGAGUGUUCAGGGUCUGCUUUCGUUUGCAUACUUUACCAAACUACUAAAGAGAAUCGUGGUUUAUGUGAUGCAUUUCAGUGUAUUCAGCAGCUUCGGUAUAAAAAUGGUGGGGUUAGAGUGUGCCUUAAUUUCAACAGUGGGGUUUUGCCAGAAAGUUGUGAUGAACAGAAAUUAGGUACAUAGAAUUGAUAAUCUUCAUAAGAGAGUGGUACAGUCUUUGGCCUGAGAUUUAGGCCUACUAGAGAAGGAACUAUAAGAUGGAAGGAGGUUGAGACCUGGAAGAAAAGAAGUGGAAUCAAGGUCUUAGUGGUAAAGAUGAGGUCAAAGAUCAGAAAAAUAGGAGUCCAUGAGUUUAGAAGCUGGAAAAAUCAGGUACUAUAUAUUAAAGGUCAUAUUUUUUCAAAUUUAUUUUUUCCAAGUGGAAAUAUUCUUCAUGAAAACCAGGUCGUUACGGCUUGGGAGGAAGUGGCUGAAGUAGAAUGGAGUGAGAGUCAUCAUAUUUGAGGAAGUCAAGAAGCUUUGCAUUAAGGUGUUGGAUGGGCUAUGUAUGUGGGUGCCGAAAUUUCUCAAGGUGAUUCAGGCCUUGCAAGGCAGUGGAAGUCUACAGUCUAGCCUUCAGAAAUUUUAGUGGAUGAUGGGAAGGGACAAAGAGUAUGGAAGGUGACAGUAGUGAGGACAUGUGGAGGGUAGCCCAGCUGAGGGUGGAAGAGUAAUGGUCUGGAUGCAACCGACAUUAGGAGCUGAGUACUUGGAGUGUGAUACAUUGAGCAACAACCAUUUGAGAGGGAGAGAGGGAGAACAGUUUUGGGAGGAAGAUAUGAAUUGGUUUUAAAUUAAGACUUAAAAGGGAGAACCUCUUGUCCUGAAACUAAUGAUGCAUGAAAGAUUGUUUAUUUAGCCUGUGUCAGGGGUUCUAGAGGACCAAAGUAGAAAGUAGGAAGAGAAUUCAGAGGGUGAGGGCGGGUGCAGGAGCUGGGAUUAUGAAAUAAGAAUGGUCCAAUGAGGGUGGUGACUGAAGCCAAUGUGGAUGGGAAGGUAUGUCUGAAAUUGUCUGCAUCCUUUGCCCACUGCAUCCUUUACCCACUGCAGUCCUAAUGUUCGUACUGGUAUUUUUCAGUUUUUCCCAAAAGACAUAUGUGUUCUAUAAGGAAUAGUAUGUGCUUCCCUGUUUAUGAUGAAUGCAUGACAUACAUGGAAGAAGGUUGCCAGGGCAGAAGUUUGAUAAAUGAAAAUAGCCGGCAAGGUUUAGGAUUACGCAUGGCCCAAGCUCCUAGUUGUAGCCCAAAGAAGAAAAAGUCCUACUUUAAGAUGAAAAAAACUUGUUUUUCUACCAACAAGAACAACUUGGAAACUCACAAUACAGGAGGUAAUCUGUUUGAAAAGCAUCAGGCAGAAGACGAUAGAGAGAAUCAUCUUAUACAGCUGAUAGCCCUACAAAAUGCAAAUGGUUCUUGGGAUCUGAGUGAAGAUCUGGCCAAGGCCCUAGACGUGAGUUUGGCAGAUAUAACAGCUGUACACCCUACCGAGAGCUGGGUAAUACUUGUCCAGGUGUUUUAGGGGUUUCCAGCACUGUCCUGGUGGUUACACUGGAUUUAAAACUUGAGACCUGUCUACUCUAAGACUUAGUGGAUUGUUGCCCCAAUGGAGGUAAAGAGAGACCAGGUAAUUCCAUUUAGUAGCAGUCUGAAGGAUGGUGAGUGGAGAGGGAGUGAAGCUUUUUGCAUGCUC